AACCACGGAGAAGAACGGAUUUCGGGUAUAGUGUCUCCCAUAUAGCUUCACAUACUGGUGUUCCUUUGAUUUUCUCUCUCUUUCCCACAUACAGAAAUUUUGAUUUUCUUUCCUGCUGCCACACAGGACAUACCUAAUAUACCUAAGUUUUGAAAACCAAAGAAUUUAAAGAAAAAAAGACUUUUUCCAACGAAAAUCUUUCAAAAGUCUUUUGAUUUUUUAACAAAAAGUGACAAACGGUGCUUAUUUCGAACAAAUUUCGACAAAUUCUACAAAGUUUUAGUGAAUUUUUUUGAAAAUUUUCUAUUCCAACAUUCGAUUUUUCUUCUUCUGUUAUGUAUGUAUAAGGAUAAAAUGUACACACAUUCAUGUCCUCCGCAAUAGCGAUACGAAAAAAAAGAAACGAAAAACGUAAUGUGAAGAGAAGAACGAACGAACGAAAUUUUCUGGCCCGAAACAGAAACGUAUUGUCUAAAAGAAAGUUUAAGAAAUAAGAAAAAUAAAUGACAAAAUAGUGCUUAGAUUUUCAAAAAAUAAAACGAAAACGCAACAAAAAAUAAAAUUCAACAAAAUAAAAGUGUAAAUAAUCCGUCAAGUUUCUACAUUUAAGAUAAAUAAAUUUAAUACAAAAAAUAAAAGUUUAAAACUUAAUAAAAUAAAAUAAAAUAAAAUAAAAAAGUUUUUAAUUAGAAUAUAUAUAUAAAUAUAAAUUAACUAAGAAUAUUUUGCACGCUCUCAAAAAAGUCAUCUUCAUCGCCACUCUAAUGGAUAUACGUUUAAUAUAAAUACAAUAAAACAAAAUCGGUUAAAUAAUAAAAUCUUCGCAACUGUAUGAUAAGCUAUAAAUUAUAUAUGAAUAGUUUAAUAAAUUAAUUAACAAACAAAUCAACAAAAUCAACCCGCAAUCAAAAAUAGUUGAUAAAAGUAAAACAAAAGAAAAAACACUCAGCAUAUAUUUUUAUCGACUUCCAUAAAGAACUUCACCGGAAUCAUUCAUUUCAAAAGUUAUUGAUCCACGGAAACACGAACGAACAUCAGCAGUUUAACGAAAUCGUGAUAGCCGGUAGGCGCUUCACGAACAUGGCGCCUCGGAUAUAGUUGUAACCUUAAUGUAGCAGGCAACAUCCAUGUGCCUCAUGCCUUGGAAAUCUGAGGCUCUCAUCGUUGGCCGCAUAGACAAUGACAGAAGAUUCCGACUCGAUAUCUGAGGAAGAACGCAGUUUGUUCCGUCCCUUCACCCGCGAAUCAUUGGUGGUAAUAGAAGCCCGUAUUGCUGCAGAGCAUGCUAAACAAAAAGAGCUGGAAAGAAAGAGAGCCGAGGGAGAGGUGCCGCAAUAUGGUCGCAAGAAUAAAAAGAAAGAAAUCCGAUAUGAUGACGAGGACGAGGAUGAAGGUCCACAACCGGAUCCUACACUUGAGCAGGGCGUGCCCAUACCUGUUCGACUGCAGAGCAGCUUCCCGCCGGAAUUGGCCUCCACUCCUCUCGAGGAUAUUGAUCCAUUCUACUCAAAUAUACUGACAUUUGUAGUAGUAAGUAAAGGAAAAGAUAUUUUUCGCUUUUCUGCAUCCAAAGCAAUGUGGUUGCUCGAUCCAUUCAACCCGAUACGUCGUGUAGCUAUUUAUAUUUUAGUACAUCCGUUAUUUUCAUUAUUCAUUAUUACAACUAUUCUUACUAACUGUAUAUUGAUGAUAAUGCCGACAACACCAACGGUCGAAUCAACUGAGGUGAUAUUCACCGGAAUCUACACAUUUGAAUCAGCUGUUAAAGUGAUGGCACGAGGUUUCAUUUUAUGCCCGUUUACGUAUCUUAGAGAUGCAUGGAAUUGGCUGGACUUCGUAGUAAUAGCUUUAGCCUAUGUGACGAUGGGUAUAGAUUUAGGUAAUCUCGCUGCCUUGAGAACGUUUAGGGUAUUGCGAGCACUUAAAACAGUAGCCAUUGUGCCAGGCUUGAAGACCAUUGUUGGCGCUGUCAUCGAAUCGGUUAAAAAUCUACGCGAUGUGAUAAUUUUGACAAUGUUUUCGCUAUCAGUGUUCGCACUGAUGGGUCUGCAAAUCUAUAUGGGUGUUCUAACACAAAAGUGCAUUAAAAGAUUCCCCUUAGACGGAUCAUGGGGGAAUUUAACCGAUGAAAAUUGGGAUUACCACAAUCGGAAUGCUUCGAAUUGGUUCACCAAUGACGGUCUAACGUACCCCCUUUGUGGUAACAGCUCUGGAGCAGGACAAUGUGAGGAGGACUACGUAUGUCUUCAGGGCUUUGGUGAUAAUCCUAAUUAUGGCUACACCAGUUUCGAUUCCUUCGGCUGGGCAUUCCUGUCGGCGUUUCGUCUAAUGACCCAAGAUUAUUGGGAGAACUUAUAUCAACUGGUUUUAAGAGCGGCUGGCCCCUGGCAUAUGCUCUUCUUCAUCGUGAUCAUCUUUUUAGGUUCGUUUUAUCUCGUGAAUUUGAUUUUGGCUAUUGUUGCCAUGUCUUAUGACGAAUUGCAAAAGAAGGCCGAAGAAGAGGAGGCUGCCGAAGAGGAGGCUAUAAGGGAAGCAGAAGAAGCUGCCGCGGCGAGAGCUGCCAAAUUGGAGGAACGAGCGAAUGCGGCUGCUGCGGCUGCUCAGGCUGCGGCCGAUGCUGCCGAAGCGGCACUGCAUCCUGAGUUAGCAAAGAGUCCCACAUACUCAUGUAUCAGCUAUGAGCUAUUUGUUGGCGGCGAGAAGGGCAAUGAUGACAACAACAAGGAGAAAAUGUCAAUCCGUAGCGUUGAAGUGGAAUCGGAGUCGGUGAGCGUUAUACAAAGACCACCAGCACCUACUACAGCACCUACAGCCACCAAAGUUCGUAAAGUGAGCACGACAUCCUUAUCCUUACCCGGUUCACCGUUUAACAUUCGAAGAGGAUCACGUAGUUCGCACAAGUACAAUUUCAACCAUCAGUACACAAUACGAAAUGGUCGAGGUCGUUUCGGCAUACCUGGCAGCGAUCGAAAACCGCUCGUAUUAUCAACAUAUCAGGAUGCUCAGCAGCAUUUACCCUAUGCGGAUGAUUCAAAUGCGGUAACACCAAUGUCCGAAGAAAAUGGUGCAAUUAUUGUGCCUGUCUAUUAUGGUAAUUUAGGAUCUAGACAUUCAUCGUAUACCUCGCAUCAGUCCAGAAUAUCCUAUACAUCGCAUGGAGAUCUUUUGGGGGGAAUGGCUGCAAUGGGUGCCGGCCCAAUGACAAAAGAAAGCAAACUACGGAAUCGUAAUUCACGUAAUCAAUCGAUAGGUGCUACGAAUGGUGCAAGUUACGCAGAUACAAAUCAUAAGGAACAUCGUGAUUAUGAAAUGGGGUUAGACUGUACAGAUGAAGCUGGAAAAGUGAAACACCACGACAAUCCUUUUAUUGAACCCGUCCAAACGCAAACAGUGGUUGAUAUGAAAGAUGUCAUGGUACUUAAUGACAUUAUCGAACAAGCCGCUGGUCGGCAGAGUCGAGCAAGUGAUAAAGGAGUCUCCAUUUACUACUUUCCAACAGAGGACGACGACGAAGAUGGUCCAACGCUUAAAGAUAAAGCCAUUGAGGCUUUUCUUAGAGGCAUAGACAUAUUCUGCGUUUGGGACUGCUGCUUCUGUUGGGUUAAAAUUGUGGAAUGGGUGUCCUUAAUUGUGUUCGAUCCAUUUGUUGAGCUCUUCAUCACCCUCUGUAUUGUGGUAAAUACAAUGUUCAUGGCACUUGAUCAUCACGACAUGAACAAAGAAAUGGAAAAGAUUCUAAAAAGUGGAAAUUAUUUUUUCACGGCGACAUUUGCAAUUGAAGCGACAAUGAAACUAUGUGCGAUGAGCCCGAAAUACUAUUUCCAAGAAGGAUGGAAUAUUUUUGAUUUCAUUAUAGUAGCUCUCUCCUUACUUGAACUUGGCCUGGAGGGUGUUCAGGGAUUAUCUGUGUUACGUUCAUUUCGCUUGCUUCGUGUUUUCAAAUUAGCUAAAUCUUGGCCAACAUUAAAUUUACUUAUCUCGAUUAUGGGUCGUACCAUGGGUGCAUUGGGUAAUCUGACAUUUGUCUUGUGCAUUAUCAUCUUCAUAUUUGCCGUCAUGGGAAUGCAACUGUUCGGGAAAAAUUAUCAUGACCACAAAGAUAGAUUUCCCGAUGGAGAUCUUCCGCGAUGGAAUUUCACCGAUUUCAUGCAUUCAUUUAUGAUUGUUUUCCGUGUCUUAUGUGGAGAAUGGAUUGAAUCCAUGUGGGAUUGUAUGUACGUUGGCGAUGUGUCAUGUAUUCCAUUCUUCUUAGCUACAGUCGUUAUUGGAAAUCUAGUCGUUUUGAAUCUUUUCUUAGCCUUGCUUUUGUCCAAUUUCGGUUCAUCCAGUUUAUCAGCGCCAACCGCAGACAACGAUACAAAUAAAAUCGCUGAAGCCUUUAAUAGAUUUUCGCGUUUUUCAAAAUGGAUCAAACGUAACGUAGCAAGUUGUUUCAAAUUAGUUCGUAACAAAUUGACAAAUCAAAUUAGCGAUCAACCACCAGGUGAGAGGACCAAUCAGAUCAGUUGGAUAUGGAAUGAAGAACAUGGUGAUAAUGAGCUCGAAUUAGGCGCCGAUGAAUUACUUGCCGAUGGAUUAAUCAAAAAGGGUAUCAAGGAACAAAAUCAACUUGAAGUGGCCAUUGGCGAUGGCAUGGAAUUUACGAUACACGGCGAUUUGAAGAACAACAAAUCAAAGAAAUCGAAAUAUCUAAAUAAUUCAACGAUGAUUGGCAAUUCAAUUAACCACCAAGACAAUAGACUGGAACACGAGCUAAACCAUAGAGGUUUGUCCUUACAGGACGACGACACUGCCAGCAUUAACUCAUAUGGUAGCCAUAAGAAUCGACCAUUUAAAGACGAAAGUCAUAAAGGUAGCGCCGAAACCAUGGAAGGCGAAGAGAAAAGGGACGCCAGCAAAGAAGAUCUUGGACUUGAUGAGGAGCUUGACGAGGAAGGCGAAGGAGAAGAGGGCCCCCUCGAUGGUGAUAUCAUUAUUCAAGCUAACGAAGAAGAUAUUUUAGAUGAGUAUCCGGCCGACUGCUGCCCGGAUUCGUAUUACGUUAAGUUUCCAAUCUUGGCCGGGGACGAUGAUUCGCCAUUCUGGCAAGGAUGGGGCAAUUUGCGACUGAAAACUUUUCAAUUAAUCGAAAACAAAUAUUUUGAAACAGCUGUUAUCACUAUGAUUUUACUUAGUAGUUUAGCUUUGGCUUUAGAAGAUGUUCACCUUCCCCAACGACCAAUACUUCAGGAUAUUCUGUAUUAUAUGGACAGGAUAUUUACAGUUAUAUUUUUCUUAGAAAUGUUAAUCAAAUGGUUGGCUUUGGGUUUUAAGGUCUAUUUCACAAAUGCAUGGUGUUGGCUUGAUUUUAUCAUUGUAAUGUUGUCGCUUAUAAAUUUGGCCGCUGUAUGGUCCGGCGCUGAUGACGUGCCAGCCUUCCGUUCUAUGAGAACAUUAAGAGCUCUAAGACCACUUCGAGCUGUAUCUCGAUGGGAGGGUAUGAAAGUCGUCGUAAAUGCUCUGGUUCAAGCUAUACCGUCCAUCUUCAAUGUGCUAUUGGUGUGUCUAAUAUUUUGGCUUAUUUUUGCCAUUAUGGGUGUACAGCUUUUUGCUGGAAAAUAUUUUAAGUGUGUGGAUGACAACCAUACCACAAUUAGUCAUGAAAUCAUUCCAAAUCGAAAUGCAUGUGAAAAUGAGAACUAUACGUGGGAGAAUUCAGCGAUGAAUUUCGAUCAUGUAGGUAAUGCGUAUUUAUGCCUCUUUCAAGUGGCAACUUUCAAAGGUUGGAUUCAAAUAAUGAACGAUGCAAUUGACUCCAGAGAGGUGGAUAAGCAGCCAAUACGCGAAACAAAUAUCUACAUGUAUUUAUAUUUUGUGUUCUUCAUUAUAUUUGGAUCAUUUUUCACAUUGAAUCUGUUCAUUGGUGUUAUCAUCGAUAAUUUCAAUGAACAAAAGAAAAAAGCAGGUGGAUCAUUAGAAAUGUUCAUGACAGAAGAUCAGAAAAAGUACUAUAAUGCUAUGAAAAAGAUGGGCUCCAAAAAACCAUUAAAAGCCAUUCCUAGACCGAGGUGGCGUCCACAAGCAAUAGUCUUUGAAAUAGUCACAGAUAAAAAAUUCGAUAUAAUUAUAAUGUUAUUUAUUGGUUUAAAUAUGUUUACAAUGACACUCGAUCGUUAUGAUGCUUCGACAACAUAUAACAAUGUACUAGAUUAUCUAAAUGCGAUAUUCGUAGUUAUUUUCAGUGCCGAAUGUCUAUUAAAAAUAUUCGCUUUACGGUAUCACUAUUUUAUUGAGCCAUGGAAUUUAUUUGAUGUAGUAGUUGUCAUUUUAUCCAUCUUAGGUCUUGUUCUUAGUGAUAUAAUCGAGAAAUAUUUUGUAUCGCCAACAUUACUUCGUGUAGUACGUGUAGCUAAAGUAGGACGUGUCCUGCGUUUGGUCAAAGGUGCCAAGGGUAUUCGAACGUUACUCUUCGCAUUGGCCAUGUCCCUGCCAGCCUUAUUCAACAUUUGCCUACUGCUAUUUCUUGUAAUGUUUAUCUUCGCAAUAUUUGGGAUGUCAUUUUUCAUGCAUGUCAAAGAGAAGAAUGGAUUGGACGAUGUAUAUAAUUUUAAAACUUUCGGACAGAGUAUGAUAUUGCUGUUUCAGAUGUCUACCUCAGCCGGGUGGGAUGGUGUUCUAGAUGCCAUCAUAAAUGAGGAAGAUUGCAAUAAGCCGGACAACGAUCGAGGAUAUCCGGGAAAUUGUGGUUCAGCCACCGUUGGAAUUACGUAUCUUCUUUCAUAUCUAGUUAUAAGCUUUUUGAUAGUUAUCAACAUGUACAUUGCUGUCAUUCUCGAGAACUACAGUCAGGCCACCGAAGAUGUCCAAGAAGGCCUCACUGAUGACGAUUACGAUAUGUACUAUGAAAUUUGGCAGCAAUUUGAUCCGGAGGGUACGCAAUAUAUCCGUUACGAUCAGCUAUCCGAGUUUCUUGACGUCCUUGAGCCACCCUUGCAAAUACACAAGCCAAACAAAUACAAAAUCAUCUCGAUGGAUAUACCAAUUUGCCGUGGGGAUCUUAUGUAUUGUGUGGACAUUCUAGAUGCUUUAACCAAAGACUUCUUUGCUCGCAAGGGCAAUCCCAUUGAAGAGACCGGAGAAAUUGGCGAAAUCGCAACGAGACCGGAUACAGAAGGCUACGAACCAGUUUCGUCGACAUUAUGGCGCCAACGGGAAGAGUAUUGCGCGCGGCUAAUACAGAACGCGUGGCGCAAGCACAAGUUGCACAAAGACGAUGGCCAUGAAGGCACUGGCGAUGACACUGAUUUCGAUGGUGCCGGCGAUGGACCAGAUGACCAUUCAAUGAAGAACGGAAGUAGUCCGGAGAAAUCAAACGAAGGCAACAGUGCUGGAGGUAGUGGUGGUCCAUUAAGUCCGGGUAGUAGUAGUUCGGGUGAUCGGCAAGGUCGACAGACAGCCGUUUUAGUUGAGAGCGAUGGUUUUGUCACCAAAAACGGUCAUAAGGUUGUAAUACACUCCCGAUCACCCAGUAUAACAUCUAGAACGGCAGAUGUCUGAGCCAGGCCUCGCCCCCCCCUCCAAGAAGCACGGCAGAAUUAAUAAUUUUUCUACUUCAAUAACAACAACAACAACACAACACAUCUCUAAACAAUAAUAUUUUUGGCGUUAAUGAGAAAACCAACAGCAAAAUAAACAGCAAAAGACAUCAGCUAAAAUUUCAAUAAAAAUGAAAAUAAAAUUUAAAAAAAGGAAAAACCAAAAACAUAGAAAAUUAUUAAUUUUAACUUAAUUUUAAUAUAUAAAAGCAAAUAUUUCAUUUUUAAAACAAAAUAAAUACAUUUAUUUUUCUCCUAAAUUUUUAAAUAAUAACUCUUAACAAAAAAAAAACAAAAGCUCUGGAAAAUUUAUAAAAAAAAAUAUUAAAAAUUUAAUAUAUAUAUAAAAAAAAACAUAAAACAACAUUUUGUUUUCUUAACAAAAAAUAAAUGAUGUAAAAAAUAAAUAUUUUUGUAAAACCAAACAAAAACAAAAUGGAAAGCCGACUGCCAUAUCAAAUUUCUAUUGACCUAUACAUAAACUCACAAAGUUUUUGUUUUGUUUAUUUUACAACAAAUUCCAAUUUCUUAAAAAAAAAAAAACAAAACACAGAAGCAUUUUUUAUAUCUUAAAAAAAAAUUAUAAAACAAAAUAAAACUUUUAAUGAACAAGACGCAUGAUGGAAAUCUUGGAGUUGGGGCGCAAACAAAAUAACAAAGAAACCAAAUAAUUAUUAUUAAACAAAAAUUAAAAAAACAAAA